GUCUGCGCAAGCGCACAUUUUUCCUCGACCGUGCUCGCCAAGCUCCAUGGGGUUGUGGUUCUGCCCCCAUAAGAACAACAGUAGCACAUGGGGAGAGUGAUGAGGUAGAUCUUGCUCAGUCUCCCGACUUGCCACUGGUAGAAACCCUGUUGCAGUGUACUACUGCAAUGCAGCGUUGAAGACGGGCCAAGUGCCCAGGUGACGCGACAGUCGGCUGCCUUCCUCUUGGCACGCUCGCGUUUAUUCAUCCGACUCGCGUCCGAGUUCCACCGUGUCCCUGCGAGAUGUGAACCACGGAAGAUUGUUCCUCGUAAAUCUGCUCGACAAUCAUUGCAUCCCUUUCAUGCAACAAAGAGUCGGAAAAUGUUGACGUUGUCGAUAGCCACUUUGAUAGCCUUUUCAUGUUUGUGCCUUCCCUGCUGCAGCGCCGAUCUCACGGAUGUUCAGCUCUCGAAACACCUCACAGCAGGAGCCGUUGAACUCGAUCUCCUACACUUGCUCAACAUCACCGACAGCCAGAAAGGGGUGAGCCGGGGCAAGGGACCCAUCAAGGGAAUCCCGGCAUGGCGUCUCUUCUCUGGGCUGAACCGCGUCCAAGUGGCCCUGGAAUCCAUCCCGCUUUUCACGCAGCACCUCUCAUCCGCGGGAACUCUCUCGGCCGUGUUCGUUGCUUGCCCCAACCGUCGAAGCGUUGCCACACUUUUCAGCGUGCACAGGCCGGGGAAGAUGUCGCCCCUGCUCAGGGUGGCGCUGAAUUUCAGGACGAGACGCUUUGUGCUGUCUUACAGCUUGCCCGAAGAAAGUACGGACGAUGAAGAUGAUGAAAACGUUGUGGAAGGUGGCGAAGGGGAAGAUGGUGAUGCAGAUGAAGGUGUCGAGGAAUUGCCUGUGCCUCAGGCCGAGAACCGCCUCGUCGAGCAGAACAGGGAGACGUUUGCCCUGAACUCCGCCAAUGUGAGGCACGUCAAGUUCCGCCUGCCUCCGUCUCACUCUCUCAACUGGACGUGGGUCGCUGUCACCGUGAGCCCACGCAACAUGACCCUCUACAUUAACUGCGAUGCUCCUCUGACCGUGCCUCUUGUCCCCGCGCCCAGCCUGCAGUUCCCGGCGGAUGCCCUCGUCUACUUCAGGCAAGAGCCGGGCCUCAAGCGCAAGUUUGUGGGCACAGUUCAAGUUGCAAAGUUGUACAGCGGUGCACUUCUCUCAAGACCCUGGAAGUGUCCAAAGAAAGGUGUGCACGACUCCAUCUCGCUUUGAGAAGAAGGCUAACAGAAGUCGCAGUCGUUGGCCGUUCCUCCCAGACCUCAGCUGUUUUCUCCCAGCUCGGCCCCUCUCCAACACUUAGCAACCGUCGAACGCGUCGGCUCAUGCGGUCCUCGAUGUCACUGUAUAUGCUGAAGGGAUGUCGGCAACAGAGAUCCGUGAGAAUAGCCACUCCGGUCCACAAAAUAUGCUACAAGAGGCCACGUAGGAUACUCAAACCAGUGUGGUGAAUGGUCACAACUCCCUCGUUUUGUAGCUAUGUACUUGAUAUAUGAUAAUAUACAAACACAGUGUCAAAAAUAAUACUCUCUUUGCAAGCAGA